CGGUUCACGCGGUUUCUGUUUUUGUAUUUUGUGUUCUAACGAUUUCUGACGUCAAAAUCAAUUUUUGACGUUUAUUUCUGACGUCAAAAUCAAUUUUGUGUUCUAAGGAUCAAUUAAACGAAGCAUGGAAGAAGGUGAAAUCCAGCACAGACUCCACUAUCCUACCCAAACGGAGAGCUCACAGAAAGAAGCAAUAAUUCCGCCUGAGGCUGAGCAUGAAGAUACAGAUCUUGUUGGUGACAUCGAGCAGUCUCUUGAUUUCUCUCACCAUGCCACGCUUUUCCAGCAGCAAACCGGCUAUUUUCUCAUGCAACUGGAUAGUGUAGAUGUGGGAGAACCACUUAACGAUAAUGCAGCGGAGGGAGAUACUUACAUCAAGCUGAUCCUGAGGAUAUCACAUUGCCUAAAUGUUAUGAUCCAUCAGAUGCACAUGCAGAUUUGUUGAACCCACCAAAUUAUCUAAUACCUUCUCCACCUCGUCAAGACCAGCAUCAGGAAAGACAGCAGGCUAAUAAUGUGUU